GUCUUCUUCACAUACACUUCUCAUAUUUGCAUUCUGCAUUGUUGUGCACUGUAACGAGUUCAAUAUGAGAAUUAUACUUUUGUGUGGUCUGGUGAGCGUUAUCUCUGCGGACAUACCGCCAUCCAAUACCUAUGGAGCCCCAAACGGAGGGUUCUCAAACGGUUUUGGCUUUGGAGCUUUGAAUGGAGCUUCAAACAACGGUUUUGGUGCCCCAAGUAAUGGUUAUUCUGCACCAAGCAACACCUAUGGCACGCCCAACGGCGCCUACGGAGUAGACCCUGAGAUUGCCGCUCUGGCCGAGAACAUUCCCGGGGGCGGCGUCCCCGGCGAGGACUACCCCAUCUUGGCUUCCGUGCCCGACACCGGCUUCUCGUGCGAUGCCCAGGCGGUACAAGGUUAUUACGCCGACACUGCAGCUGAAGCCGGCUGCCAGGUGUUCCAUAUCUGCCAGGACCGCGCCCUCAGGCGCCAACAGGACUCGUUCCUGUGCCCCAACGGUACCAUCUUCAACCAGCAGUACCUGGUAUGUGACUGGUGGUUCAACGUGGACUGUUCUCAAGCUGAGAGCUUCUACUCCGUCAACGAACUCAUCGGAGUCGUUCCCGACGCCGGUUAUGCCUAUGCUACCGCCACCAACGGCAUCCUCAACGGAAACGGAAACGGAUAUGGAGCCAACGGCAACGGAGCCAACGGAAACGGAAGGAACGGAGCUAAUGGAUACGCUUCCAAUGGCAACGGAAGGAAUGGCAACGGAUAUCGCUCAAACGGCAACGGCAACGGCGCUAAUGGCUUCAAUGGCAAUGGCAGGAACGGCUAUGCUUCUAAUGGCAACGGAGCGAACGGUGUCAAUGGAAAUGGUUUCAACGGCAAUGGAUAUAGAUCCAAUGGCAACGGUAAUGGAAGGAAUGGCAAUGGAAAUGGUAACAGGUACAAUGGCAAUGGAAGGAAUGGCAAUAGUAAUGGAAAUGGAUAUAACGGCAAUGGUGUAAAUGGUAAUGGUAAUGGAAGAAGCGCCAUCAACGGAAACGGAUACAAUGGCAAUGGCGCAAAUGGGAAUGGCAACGGCAAUGGUGUUAAUGGCAACGGAAACGGAUACAAUGGCAAUGGUGUAAAUGGUAAUGGCAACGGCAAUGGCGUUAAUGGCAACGGAAACGGAUACAACGGCAAUGGUGCAAAUGGCAACGGAAACGGAUACAACGGCAAUGGUGUAAAUGGUUUGCUGAGCACUAUCUCCGCAGAGAUACUGCCUUCCAGCUUCUACGGGGAACCAAAUGGUUUCGGCUUUGGAGCUCUCAACGGAGCCUCAAACAACGGUUUUGGUGCCCCAAGUAACGGUUACUCUGCACCAAGCAACACCUAUGGACUGCCCAACGGCGCCUACGGUGUAGACCCUGAAAUUGCCGCUUUGUCCGAGAACAUUCCCGGGGGCGGCGUCCCCGGCGAGGACUACCCCAUCUUGGCUUCCGUGCCCGACACCGGCUUCUCCUGCGAUGCCGUAGCGGUGCAAGGUUAUUACGCCGACACUGCAGCUGAAGCCGGCUGCCAGGUGUUCCAUAUCUGCCAGGACCGCGCCCUCAGGCGCCAACAGGACUCGUUCCUGUGCCCCAACGGUACCAUCUUCAACCAGCAGUACCUGGUAUGUGACUGGUGGUUCAACGUGGACUGUUCUCAAGCUGAGAGCUUCUACUCCGUCAACGAACUCAUCGGAGUCGUUCCCGACGCCGCCAACGGCAACGGAGCCAACGGAAACGGAAGGAACGGAGCUAAUGGAUACGCUUCCAAUGGCAACGGAAGGAAUGGCAACGGAGCCACCAAUGGAAACGGAUAUCGCUCAAACGGCAACGGCAACGGAGUCUCCAAUGGCAAUGGCAGGAACGGCUAUGCUUCUAAUGGCAACGGAGCGAACGGUGUCAAUGGAAAUGGUCUCAACGGCAAUGGGUAUGGAUCCAACGGCAACGGCUUCGGAAGAAGCUCACUCAAUGGCAAUGGAAAUGGAAACGGAUAUAACAGCAAUGGUGUAAACGGUAAUGGCAACGGCAAUGGUGUUAACGUCAACGGAAACGGAUACAACGGCAAUGGUGUAAACGGCAAUGGAAGAAGUGCCCUGAAUGGCAAUGGAAACGGGUACAAUGGUAAUGGCAACGGCAUUGGAAAUGGAUACAAUGGCAAUGGUGCAAAUGGGAAUGGGAAUGGUGUUAAUGGGAAUGGAAGAAGCGCCCUGAAUGGCAACGGAAACGGAUACAACGGUAAUGGAAAUGGCAACGGUGUUAACGGCAAUGGAAGAAGCGCCCUGAAGGGCAAUGGAAACGGAUACAAUGGUAAUGGCAACGGCAAUGGUGCAAAUGGCAACGGAAACGGAUACAAUGGCAAUGGUGUAAAUGGCAACGGCAAUGGUGUUAAUGGUAAUGGCAACGGUAUUGGCGUUAAUGGCAACGGAAAUGGAUACAGUGGUAAUGGAAGAAGCGCCUUCAACGGCAACGGCAACGGAUACAACGGCAAUGGCUCCAAUGGCAAUGGCAACGGAGCUGCCGCUCCGUCUGCCUCCUAUGGCGCUCCUUUCUAA